UCGCAUUGUCACAUCUUUCACACAAAAAGAGUACCAAAAGCAAAAACACAAUGGCUAAAACCUCUCUUCCUCUCGCCGCCUCUUUCCUCCUCCUCAUCUCCUUCUCCUCCGCCGCAGACAGCGGCCGUCUCUUCCUCACCGUCGUCAACAACUGUCCCUUCACCGUCUGGCCAGCUAUUCAGCCCAACGCCGGCCACCCCGUCCUAGAGAAAGGUGGCUUCGCUCUCCCAACCUUCACUCACCGUUCCUUCUCCGCCCCAACUACACACUGGUCCGGUCGCAUCUGGGCUAGAACCGGUUGCGCCCACUACAACGGCAAGUUCUCCUGCGUCACCGGAGACUGCGGAAACCGCCUCGAAUGCAACGGUCUCGGCGGUGCAACACCAGCUUCUCUCGCUCAGUUCGACCUCCACCACGGUGGACACAAAGACUUCUCCUCUUACGGCGUCUCUCUCGUCGACGGCUACAACGUUCCGAUGACUGUGACUCCCCACGAAGGCCAUGGUGUCUGUCCCGUCGUUGGCUGUCGUGAAGAUCUUCUGAAAACGUGUCCGGGUCAUCUUCAGGUCCGGUCGCACGCUGGACACGUGGUGGCUUGUAAGAGUGGGUGUGAGGCUUUCCAUUCAGACGAGCUGUGUUGUCAAGGCCAUUACAAUAGUCCUAACACGUGUAAGGCUUCGAGCCAUUCGUUGUUCUUCAAACAUGCGUGUCCUUCGACUUUCACAUUUGCUCAUGAUAGUCCUUCGCUUAUGCAUGACUGUUCUUCUCCUAGAGAGCUCAAAGUCAUCUUCUGCCACUAGUUAUGUGUCUCUACUUUGUGAUAUUGUACCGAUCUAUCUUGCCUUCGUUUGGUUUUAUUACUUUGGUUCUGAUUGGUUUAGUUUGCGGUUUCCCGGUUCAGAUAUGUAGUCCCAACUAUGAAAUUAUGUACUCCCUCCGUUUUAAAAUAUAAGAUGUUUUAGAAAA